GGAACUCAAUUUCAAUGAAUGAAAACACAGCAUUGCAAAUGCCACUUGCAAAUAUACGUUUUGUUUUGAGAGAGGGAGAGAGAGAAAAAAAAUAUCUACUAUUGUAAAAAAAAUUUACUAUGGGUGAUGGGUGUUUUUUUUAUCACGUGGAGAGAAAAAACAGACAUGCUCACCCAUAUUUAUAGUGCAUAAUGUACUGUGUACUAUUUCAAUAAUUUUUUUUGUCUGAACUCGUUUGUAUUCUGAGCGCAUUUCCAUAGAAGGGUUUGAUUGGCCGAGGGGUGGGAGGAGGGGUCACGUGACGUGAGGCAUGGAGGGCACGGACAGUUCCGUGUCCACAGAAUUUAAGGUUGUGUUUGUGUUUACAGUGCCUGGACUCCUGGACUCCGGGUAUACAGUGACGUUAUACAACAAUUUGGUUAAAUAUAUUUAGAAAAUAAUGAGGAAAACACCAGUAGAGUCAUUGUGCAAACCCCUGCCACACGAGAUAACAAAACAUGCAGCCACAACGGAAGAUCGUGAAAGAAUUGUUUUGAAUUUCCUGGAGACUUCCUUACCGAAUUCUGAUGUUAAUGAAAUUACGGCGGAACUUAAAAAGACGUUUAUUUUUGGGAAAUUGAAGUCCCACGAUGGUGGUAAAAAAGUUUUGCCGAAAAAAGGAAAAUACUUGAGCAGCAGAAAGAGAAAACUGUUGGGGCUUAAGAAUAUCAGUUCGGAGACUGGAUUAAAGUACGAGGACCUUGUGCCACUUAAUCAUUUAUGGCUGGGGUAUAUCCAGCAAGCUCUGGGCAUUCGUUCUUUCAGGGAGUUGGCGUGCAGCACUGUGGAUUCACGCUGGGAAAUUACUAAUCAAAAGUUGAUGAGAGCUGAUCUUCAUGGGGCGAGAGUUACUGUUGUUAGGUCCAAAUGCCCCAGUUUGGUGGGCAUCAAUGGCAUUGUUUUGCAGGAUACGAGGAAUACUUUUAGGGUCAUGGGGAGGGACGACAAAAUCAAGACAAUUCCAAAGGAAGUAGUAGUAAUAAAAAUUCACCUCCCCGGAGCAGCCCUGGAACUCUUCGCAAAAGAAUUAUGCAUAAGGCCAGCCGAGCGCGCAGUGAAGAAAUUCAAGGCAAAUCACCUAGGAGAAUUGUAACUCGCGCCUAACCCCCGAGUAUUACCCCUCAAAGAUGAAAAUAAAACUUCGCAUCACCCCGAGUCCUUAUUAAUGUUCAGAAGCUGUCAUUUAUUUCGAUAGCCAUCAGGAUCAUGCUUCGAUACAUCAAUAUACAAUCAAUACAAUUUUACAAUUCCGAGGUAAAAGCCCAUCAACCGAUAUUAAACUACAAUAUUUUCAACUUUGUUUUUUUCUCAUUUCUUUAUUUCUUUCAUUCUUUUACGACCUUAUUCGUACGUAUAUCUACAUAUUACAUAAUUACCAAUAUAAUUAUAGUUAUAUAUAUUUUAUGUAUAAUGAUCAAUCAUUCAUGUUUAACUUGCCAUUUGUAUUCAUUUCCAAUAUUCUCAAUAUAAUAUAAUAUUAAUGACAAUAAAAAUUCAAGUUUAUCGAAUUGAUAAAUCAUAAUAUCCAAGGGAAAAAAAGAGUGAUAUAAAUACCAUUAACAACGCACGAUCAAUCGAUUCAUUGUUCCCAACUCAGGGACUCAAAUUUCUAUGGUUUCUCUCAUUCUCUUCACUAUCGUUUUUACUUUUUUUAAAUGGGACAGAUGAAGUCGUACACUAGGAAUGUCGUAAAUUAUCUUUUAUCACCAAUUGCGAACCUCAAUGAGAAAUAAUGCACCCAAACAAACAGUGCAUUUACCCAACACUUUCAUUCCCUCCAUCAUAAUUUACUCCGAAGAUUACGACAGAAUAAUCCUUUGGCGCUUCCAACGAUCUCUUUAAAUACAAUUAAUAAACUUAAAAAUACACUACGAGAAAAAAAAUGUGAUAAUUUAAUCUCCAAUUGGAUGAGAGUAAAUGAAUAAAUUCGUGCACCUCAUUGAGAUAAUUGAUUAGGUACACGUGGGGGCUUGAUUUAUCACACGAUGUUUAUUCAAUAAAUUGUCGAAUCGAUUCGGUCGUUAAUGAAAUUAUUACCGUGAUUUUAAGCUCAUCCGUAUU